AGAGCUAGGAGAGAUAACACACAGGGGAGUGAGGGAGGGGUGUAGGAUUGGAAUUCUCAAUUCUAUAUCCCUUGGGGUUCACACCUCACCACUUUUUCUACCUUUUAGUCAGAUGAAUGAAAAAUAUGAAUGUAUUUGUCCUAACAUUGGAAUAUGGUUGGCGUCUCUUUCUCAACUUCUAAUGCGAUGGAGGUCCUGGUGACGGAGCUCAACGUUCUGCUGAAGCUGCUGGACCACGAGACUCUGAGCACUCCAACUGAGGAGAAGAAGACCUCUGUUAGGAACCUUCUGAAACAUCUACAGCCCACAGCGACAGGACCAGACUACUUGUAUAUGAACCAAUCAAUCUACAGGCAAGGCACCAGCUUUGUGGAAUCCCUAUUCGAGACCCUUGACUGUGACAUGGGGGAGCUGAAAGACAUGACAAAGGACCAGAAGCAGGACACACACACUGACACACACAGACAUGACACAACAGCCUUAAAACAGAGCAGUCCAGACUCCUCUCCCCCCCGCUCAUCAGAGACCCCUCCUCCCCUGCCCACCACCCCCCAUCCUGAGGCUUACUAUGAAGAGGCAGUACCUCUCAGCCCUGGAAAGCAGCCAGAGUACAUCACCACACGUGGGAGCUCCAGCCCUCCUAACUCCAUAGAGGAUGGUUACUAUGAGGAUGCAGACAACAACUCUCCUUCUACCUGCAUCAACGGAAGGCAACGCAAAAACUCCUGCAAUGACUCUGAUGCUCUGAGUAGUUCCUAUGAGUCGUAUGAGGAAGAUGAAGAGGAAAGGGGAGCAGGGCCAAGGUCCAGGCUGACCCACCAGUGGCCUAGUGAUGAGAGCUCCAUGCUCCCCGCCAGGGACUGUAGGAUCUGUGCCUUCCUGCUGCGAAAGAAACGCUUCGGACAGUGGGCUAAGCAACUGACUGUCAUACGGGACAACAGGCUACAGUGCUAUAAGAGCUCUAAGGACGUGUCCCCAUAUUUUGACCUGCCCUUGCUCCAGUGCACUGUGGUCUACACCCCUAAAGACGGACGCAGGAAGAGACAUGAGCUGAGGUUCACUCCACCCAGUGGAGAGGCUCUGGUCUUGGCUGUGCAGAGCAGGGAGCAGGCACACAGGUGGCUCAGGGUGGUCCAUAAAGUUAGUCAGGGAAAAGGACCAGAGGAGCCCACUUCUCCCAUGAUGCCCAGAAAGACUGAGCUGGACAAGCGGCUGUCUGGUGAGAAGACUAUGGCAGACCCAGAGAGUGUGGGAGUGACUACAGGAGAGAAUAACAGGGACAACAGAGAGAAGGGUAAGGUGAAGCGGGGGGCUCUAGCAGCAGGUCGUAAGAUAACACGUAUCAUCAGUUUCUCCAAGAGGAAGCCCCUCCUACCUGGCGACGCCCCCCCCUCCUUAGACACAGACCCUCGACGAGGCUACCUGUCUGUGUUGGUGAGUCAGGUAUGGCGGGACCAGUGGUGUUGUGUGCGUGAGGGUUCUCUCUACUUCCACCCUGACAGAGGAGACCCCCGGCCCUCCCUGGCCCCUCUACCCCUCCAUGGGUGUGAGGUGUUCCCAGGACUGGGCACCAAACACCCCUUCACCCUCAGGAUACUGAAGGGAGGCACAGAGGUGGCUACAUUGGAGGCGUGUAGUUCUGAGGAUUUGGGGCGAUGGCUGGGUGUUCUGCUGGCAGAGACAGGUACAGCCACAGAUCCAGAGUCACUACACUACGACUAUGUUGAUGUGGAAACCAUCGCUAACAUCAGAGAUGCCGCGCGACACUCUUUCCUGUGGGCCACAUCUGCUAGUAGCACGUUCACUGACUCCAGGAUGUAUGACGAGGUUCCCUAUGAGGAAGAGCAGCCUGAGGAAAAUGCCAGACCGAAGCAGAGGUCCAGCUUCUCCACUAAAUACUCUGCUGUGACCAAACCUGGUCUGUCCCUGAAUCACACAGGCUCCAAUGCCAAUCAAUAUGGUCUCUAUGGGAAAACACGAGCGGAGGAGGACGCUAAACACUACUUGAAAGAGAAAGAAGAGCUGGAGAGACAGAGGGAUGGAAUACGGAACACUCUGCUGACACUGAGACAAGCGAGGAGAGAGGUGAAGGAGAGGUUGAAGACUGCUUCAGAGGAGCAGAGGAGCUCCCUGAGUGAGCAUGUGUCCCAGCUAGAGGAGGCUUGCCAGGGGAAGGAGAGUGAGAGGGUGGACCUGGAGCUCCGUCUCACCCAGGUUAAAGACAACCUGCAGAAGAGUCUAGCAGGAGGAGCUCUGGGGGCACCUGGGGAGAGCAAACCCUCCAGCAAGGUCUACAGCAGAUCCUGCUGCUCUGGAUCUAUACCCGUCAGCUGUAAGAAACCUGUCUACUCUUCCUCUAAAGGAACAGUCAUGCAGAAAGCCAAGGAAUGGGAGUCGAAGAAAUGCGCUUAGGGCAUAAGGAUGUUAAAGCAAGAUUGGAGAUGAUUGGAGG